AACGAGUCAUGAUGAAACGAGGCGCGAUUGCAUUCUGGGAUAUAAACAUGGCGCGAAAGUCGAAAAUGUCCGAGUUUGAUAAUUCAAGUGAAUAUUUAUUGUCAUUCGAUUAUUGUGCUGUUUCAAAUCACCAAUUAUAGCACAAUUUGCAGUGAUGAAGAAAAAGGUAAAGACAGGAAAGAAAGCUAAACCAUCCGCCAAAAGGAAAGUCUCACUGUCUUCAGAUGAUGAGCAGAUUUCUGUUGUAAACAGUCUGCCACCAGCAGUAGAUGGUCAGUUACGAUGUUUCUUACGUGUAUCAGUCAGCAAGGUGACAUGGACAGUGCGCCACCCACCUGAUGAUGUAGGGAUUAGGGUGAAGUGGUGGGGUGAACAGGGUGAUAGCGCUCUGCUCAGACCAGUAAAGAAAAAAGCUGGUGUUGUUAAGACUGACUGGACUUCAGUGAGGUACCCUAUCUGCAGUGGUCCCAAACAGUUUUCAGCAUAUUUAAAAGACAUGGGAACCCUUGUGUUGGAUAUGGUCCAUGGUCCCGCAAAGCUCCUCCUUGGCCAAGCAAGUGUGCCUAACAUUGCAGAUUUGAGUGCUAGUUACCCCAUUAAAGGCUUUUUUCCAGUCAUGUCUGUUAGCCAGCCCUCCAGUAAGGUUGCUGAGAUCUAUGUGUCUGUCAAGUUUGAAUCAGUUUCAGCUGCCUACAACAGACUGUCUUCCUCGAUUCCAACAACAGACACAGGAUUGGAGAAAGAUCUUCUUGGCACAGCUCCCCACCCUACUCCCCCACCGUACACCAACCCUGCCACCCCUGUCACUCACCCUAGGCAUCAGCUUGCAGUUGAUGAUGACCUGUUCACCUCCCCUGCUGCAGCCAAGGGUGUGAAGUUUUCAUCGGAUCCCCCUGAAAGGCUAGAAUACACCAUUGAACCAUCCAUGCUGUCAUUGCUUGAUGAGGAUAUAGAACACAAGCAGCUGUCUCCAGGAGAUCAUAGAAAUGCUCCUGCAGGGAAGUCACAGACAAUGACAGAGCUACCAGAAGUAGGUGAAAGGAAAAGCAUCACCACAUCUAUUCAUACAACCACAAACCAGGAAGACCACCACACUUUCCAGGGAGGUUCUUCUAGCCAUUACCCGGGCAUGGACUGGAUAGGCACCUUACUGGAAAAGGGACAAAAAUUGAGAGAGGGAAUGGUGAAGACUGCAUUGUUAGAUGAUGGUGAUGAUGAUAAUAAUGAUGACUUUGGUGCUCAUCAGAGGCUAGUCCCUGAUGAAAGAGCCUCAUAUGCAAGUGGCAGCCAUAUACUUCCAGGCCAGCUGUUUAAGGAAAUUCUUUCCAAACCUAAAACCAAGCAACAUGCUGUCUGUCUUGAUGACACCUUAGAUCAGACAGACGACCAUACCCUUGGCACGGAUGAUAAGGCCUUCAACCUCCUGAUGGGAAGCCAACACCCUGUCUACAUAGACAGCUCACUGUCAGACGUGUCCGAUCACAGUGGCGACAUAAGUGACUUUGAGCAUCCCAUUUAUGACGAGUCACUGCUUAAGGAUCUGUUCUAUACAGCAGAGGGUGGAAAGGGGCAAUCUGAUAGUGACUCUGGCCAGACUGUUAGUUCAGAAGAAUACACGAUUCUCUCAGAUGAUGAGAGUAAUCUUACAUUGGAAGACCCUGGAAAUAUGAGACAAAGAAGACGCAAAUAUUCCCCAGUUCACACGAAAGAGCAGACACGAGUAGACAGAAGGCAAAAGAGGCACAAAGUCUCAAAGUCUGCAUCUACCAAGCCAAAACCUGCUAAAACGUUAGAAAAUCGUACAUCUGUCCACGAUGAUCGAGCUGAUGUGUCGUCUGAAAGGACCUCCCUAAGCAGUCCUUCUAACAGCCCCAGCACAGCUACAGGCAGUUUGGCUACAGCCUCAGACAGCACAGUGACAACAAGUUACACCACAUCAUCAGACCCCAUCUCGACUGGAGGUAACUCUACAUCUCCAUCAGACCUUGCUGACCGAGUCGGUGCAGAUACCUUGACUGCCCUAGGGCGAGCUAACACUGCCAGGAUUAUGAUAGACAGUCUGCAGCUUCACCACCAAGACACGGAUGAAGACAGAGGGAAGAUGAAGCCAAGUACCUUUUUGGUAGAGUACAGCUUUCCUGCAGUGUCAUCUAAAAAGGAGCACGGAAAAGAAGUUUUCUUGGCUAGUGAGAUAACAAGGAUUGCAUCCAAGAAGAUAGAGAAUAGCGCUGUGUCUUUCGCCCAUCGUUCAGUUUUUCCAGUAUUUUUCAACGCGUCGAUCGUGGAUAGAUGGUUGUCUUUAGCUCUGACGUUUAGAGUCUUCAGAAGAGAUUCUGGCCAACGACAGCCGGCUGAGAUUGGGUUUGGAGUGCUUCCACUGAAAACAGUUCUUCAAUCGCGAAAUCUGAGUCAUACAUCAGAUGUGCUUAUCAAAGGAGACUUUAUUGAUCAAGAAAAGAAUCGCUUGUUCAGUGAGCCUGUUGCUACCCUCAAGGUUAAGGUAGAGCUUGGAGUGGAUGGAAAAGAAUUGAGCAUACUCCCUACUAAUGUAUCGAUACGUACGCCAUCCAUACAAUCUGUGUCCGCGAUUUCCAAACCAGUUGUGUUGACGGAGUCCUCUAGCCACAACCCCCAAGUGGUAACAAAACCACCACUCCCUAGAGGGCCGUCACCACAUGUCCGUGAGCUUCAUCAAGUGGACCCCAUUACCUCGGAGAUGUUCACCUUGCAUUCCUUGCUAUGGAUACCCGAGGGAAAGGAUAUCCUUCAAGACCUUCACGACUCCCCCCUAAGCAGGCCAAGCCCUUAUUUGGUAUGCCGAAUGUUCUGGUGUGACGACGUCACCAAGUCUGCGGUCACGUGGACCACGAGCAAUCCUCGAUUUGGCUUCAAGCAGGUUGCCCCAGUUCUGCUUACCCCAACACUCCUUCAACGUGCGUGCAACAACUUCAUAGUCGUCGAAGUUUGGAAUAAACGCGUCCCCCAGACAGACCAGUUGAUCGGCAUUAUCAAGGUGUCUGUUCAUCAGCUUUAUCUGUCCUUCAGGGACCCUAAGAUCACCAAAACGCUCCUUAAAUCCAAGUUCCCUGUGGUAUGUGUUGACGAGUGGUGCGACAUUACCAACCCCUUCACUGGUGCUUCACACGGAAAACUCAAAGUGCUGUUGGCAGUAGGCGCGGAUGAACAGAUCUCCUCUUUAUUAGUGAUAAGAGGCGUUGUUGAGAAGCCAAGCCCACAGGAAAAGCCAUUGCAUCACUUGGAUAAUAAGAGUGACCAAAACGAUGCCAAGAAGACUUCCCACGACUCUUCAUUAGUCGAGCACCAGUUUGAGGUUGUCGUCGAGGACAUUCGGGGCCUGUCAGUGUUCAGAAGCACAGUGUGGGGCGAGACGGACUGCUUUGUGCAGUAUCACUUCCCUCACCAGACACCCACCAACGACGCACUGGAAGAAGUGACCCCCUCUCUCAAGGCACACCGCAGCACCACGACCCUGUGUGUACCAGACCCCUCCUUCCAGGACGUCGCCCGCCACACCUUCCUGCUUCCUGGUGGGUUACCCGUACAAAAGUACCUCCUGGCGGCCUUCAGCGGGUCCUGGACAGGGGUGGGGUCACUCCCAGGCAUGUCUGGGAUACCAUUUGAGCUGUGGCGGCGGUAUUAUUACCCCAAUAUAAGAGACCAACUAGUUGCUAAGGGUUGUCUACCCGUCGCUAAGCUGUGCGCCAUGGUGACUAUGCAAAAACAAAGGGAGCCGAGUGUUCAGGCGUUCUCCCUCCCUCUCGUGGUAAUACCUGGCGACGAGGAUGGGUCCAGACAGGCCAUGGUACAGGACACGGGUCUACUGAACAUCACUGUCAAGUACCGCCACAGCACGUUAUCAACUAAGGGGCUGACAGCGCGCCCGGACCAAGUCUGCCUGAAUUUUGAUGUUAUAAGGGCUUGCGGCUUAAAGGCGGCAGCAUCGUACCAGGCACGAACGAACUCCUCCAUGGCUUAUCCUGCAGACGUGGGCAUCAACGGAUACGUGGUGGUCAGACUACCAUUUCCCAGGAAGUCCAGGUUCACCACGCGAACCGUGGCCAGAUCGUUCGCCCCAGAAUUCAAUCACCAUGUGGAGGUUCCAAUUCCUCUUUCUGAGUCCAGGAAGGACGGUGGCGACCAGGCAGAGAUGAGCCUUGCUGAGAAAUUGGAAAUGUCUGAAGCCACCCUAGAAGUUUGGCAUCAGAUGUCACGUGGGGGAAGUGAAAUGGACAAUGGGCCAGGUGAUCAAGGCAUGCGCACUAGAGACGAUGUGUUGCUAGGAUACGUGACGAUUCCUCUGGUGGACCUCCUCUUUCACAAAACAGGGAUAAGAGGGUGGCACGCGCUUUUCCCGCCAAAACAUCUCGAACCCGGGACGGAUUUACACGGUAACGAUCACGUGACCACCAAGCCCAUUGGUGGAAUUCAGCUGUCAAUCAAAUUCUCCGAGUCGAACAUCCUUGAGACCGUGGUUGAUGUUGCUCGCAGCAUGGGUUGGUGUCCCCCGCCUGGAGUCGAGGCUACUGAGGACGGUUUGUGGGAGAAUGGGGAUGAAGACCCAUCAGCCCACGGGGGUGUGGAGCUGCGUAUAAGGACAAGUAGGGCCUGGGUCUCUGAAUCCAUCGCGGAUGAUUUUCGCAGUCACGCGGGAAGAAAUGAGGUUCUUGGCUAUGUGCGCUUCAAGUUUUACGAUAAAAGUCCCAUCUGUUCAAGGCUUGUCCCCCUCAAGAAAACAAAGUCAUGCUUCUCGCUCGAGGUCAAGCACAGAAAGAGCUUCCCCCUGCCUGCCUCCUCAUCCCUCGCGUGGUACCUGAGUGAGGAGGUGCUGGAGAUGCAGGUGUGGCUCGGAGGAAGAGGUACUAGUGCUUCCCUCCCUGGGCGCAGAGACAGUCUGGUAGGCUCAGCUUUUGUCGAGUUGUCGUCGCUUGUAACUCCACACAGACAGCGGGCUGAGAUCAGUAGAGACUUCUGCCUCUUCAAGAGUGGCUCAGCUGACUUGUCGAACUGCGGUGUCCAUGUUCAAGUCUCCCUCACCAAACCGGGCGAUAAGGCAUCACAGCAGCAGGAAGAGCAGACCCAAGACAUGGACGAAAGUGCUAGCACAGGGUACCCAAGCACAGAGCAGGGACACGGCAAUGGUGAAGAAUCCUCCUCAAGGUCGAGUAUGGACCGCUGGGGUACACCACAAAAGAUCCCAUCGACCCCUCCGCGUACGAACAGCGAGGACAAAGAUACGUUCGCUGCUCAUGUGAUCGUACAAGAAGCCCGCCAUUUGCCUCUUGUCCCGGCUGCCUCGGGGGAAAGGAUUCCCCCAAAUGUGUACGUCUCGUACCAGGCCACAGCAGACUCGUGCCCAGUCUGCACUCCUGUAGUAGUAACAGCCACCAGUCCACUUUGGGAGUACCAGAAGCUUGAGAGAAUCAAGUUAUCGACGCUCAAAUCGCAGAGCCUUAUUUUCAAGGUGUGGCAUCGAGCAGACAUAUCUAGGCCCGGGCCACCAUCGGCUGAAGGUGCCCAGGGUGACCGCGCUCUUGGGUUUGUUUCCAUGGACCUUGCACCGCUGGCCGCCGGAUUGCGGGAGCUUAUUGGCUGGUACAACGUUAUGAGCUUCGCAGGAGAGUGCAAGGGACAAAUGAAGGUUGGGGUAAUACCGCUGACGCCUGUUUCUCCGAGCCGUUGUUUGUCAACAAAGUCAAGGCUCGUCUUCAGUCCUCCGCAAACAAGUAGCACACAGGCUCCCUCGAGUUCGUUUCUGAUCAACAACUCGGUGCCUACAAGUCGAACGCCAGAGGAGGAGCGAUCAAGAAUGGUCGACAUCUUCUCCUCUCAGAUUGCAGAGCAAGCAGAGAAUCUUAAGCGACUUCAGACACACCGCUCAACAUCAACCAAUCAGAUUGAGCCAUAUAUUGCGAGAACCAAUCAGAAUUCUUCAGACAUGACAGGUGCUCGUCAUGACGCGGCACAAGGAGAAAUAAGAGAUAGUACGAUUGGCACCCUGUCUUCUUGUUCGACUUCUUUCCUCUUCAGUCAACUGCGACGGAACAUGACAGAGCUAGAAAACCUUAAGCGUGGCUUGGAGCAAAAACUUCGCCCUGAUACCUCGCAAGACGAAGUUCGCACAGGCAUAGGGUUGAGUACAGACCAGGAUAGCUACUCGGAUAUCAACGGCGCGCAGGGAAGCAGGGCAAAGGCACAGGAUGAUAAUACAAGAGAGGGCUUCUCGGAACACUCUACUGGAAUGCUUCUUGGAAAUAUCGAGGGUAGAGGAGAGGCACAGGAUGAUAAUACAAGAGAGGGGUUCUCGGAACACUCUACUGGAAUGCUUCUUGGAAAUAUCGAGGGUAGAGGAGAGGCACAGGAUGAUAAUACAAGAGAGGGGUUCUCGGAACACUCUACUGGAAUGCUUCUUGGAAAUAUCGAGGGUAGAGGAGAGGCACAGGAUGAUAAUACAAGAGAGGGGUUCCCGGAACACUCUACUGGUAUGCUUCUUGGAAAUAUCGAGGGUAGAGGCGAGGCACAAGAUGAUAAUACAACAGAGGGGUUCUCGGAACACUCUACUGAAACGCGUCUUGGAAAUGUCGAGAGUAGCGGGGAGGCAAGAUAUGAUAAUGCUAGAGAGGGAUUCUCGGAACACCCUCAAACACGUCUUGGAAACACUAAGGGUAGAAUUCCCCUCGAUCAGGAGCCAUCUAACACUGCCAAAUCGAGUGAUAUUGAAGAGACAGAUUCUACAGUCUACUAUGAGCAAGGGGGUGGUUCGGAACGCCUUAAACAUUUUAAUUCUUUUGAGAGGAGCUCUAAUACCAGUGAUGGUUCGGAUAACGAUGGUACUCAUGUCGGAGUAUCCGAGAGGCUUGAAAGCGAGUGCAUUCCCCAUAGAUUCACACUAGAUCCCCAUCAACAAGAUAAUGUUUUAAACAAAGCCGACCAUUACAAUAACCAUUAUCCAUCUGACGGCGGUACGUCUUACCGAGAUGGUGGAAGAGCUUCCUCGCCCUGUCAGUUUGAUGACACUGUAGUAAAAAUAACCCCUGAUCCGGGCCUAGAGUGCGCGAGCGAUCUAAACUUUCAAGAGGGUAAAGACAAAACCGUCCCAGACGAUCACAAUAUCGAUACUGAUGACUCUGAGAGCGAGUUUGGAAGGGACGUAUCUCUAGGGGUCAGCGGUUAUCAGGGUGUGAAUACCGCUGGUCGCUUCUUGGACAUGGAUAGCUGGCUCAGUGACGACGAAACUGGUCCCAUUAAUAAGUUGCCUAUUAGUGCGGUGUUGAUUGAUGAUAGCGAAAUCCAAGAGAAAGAUGGCCACGAAAGCAAAGAACCGAGAAAAACAAAAGAAAGCAAUGACGCAUUUGAUUCUGUCAAAAAUGCGAUGGAGCUUUUUGAUAACCAUAGUUUUUGCAGAAUCGCUCGUAAGGAGUCUUUCUCCCAUAAUAACGGUAGCACUGAUAACGACAAGAACGAUAAAAUCGAUACUGACUCCGGGGAAGAUGACCUCACUGAUAAAGACAGUAACCUUGACGUUAUCAAUAUUGGUAGCCAUAGCGACCCACAGGAAGCCAAUACGGCCACUUGUGCCUGUGGCCAUGAUAACAAUGACGUCAUGGAUGACACCAAUAGUCAUAGCAACCAUGACGAAGACGUCACCAAUAUUGUCACGAACACAAAGCCUUCUGCUGCUGGCGAUAUCGCGUCUCUGUUACCGAACUUCUUCAUGCCGACACGUCAGCUGGAGCAAUCCAUGCGUGCCUUACGGCUCGACGCCAAGCUUGGGAGACCUUACUCAGUAUCUGGGAAAGGCUCCCCGCCGCCUCGGUCCAAGCUUUUAGCCAGAGCGGCCAAUGCGCUCGAGGGCGGGGAGGGUAUUGAGGGGGUGUCGCGCGAAUUUGCUCGAAGGAAGGUGCGCUACAAGGCGAAGAAGGACGAAUGCCCGCCUUUGUCGAGUUUCGACGCGGAUAGAAUUGCCAGGAUUUUCUCCUCAAAGGAGAUGUAAAUAUGCAAAUCUCGAGAUUAGAGUUGAUACUGUAUACUUCUUGUAGAUGGCUCGGGAUAAACUGACAGCUUAAUAAUUGCCGUUAUCUACUAACUACCAGAUCGCCAUUGGAAUGCCAAUUACUCGAAAUGAAAUAAAGAAAAUUUGUUUUUCCGAAAA